GUAUAAACUCAUACCCAUCUAUAUAUAUCUAUACCCACCUGUGCCUCUCGACCUCAUACCUACUCAUGUAUAGGGGGAUAUAACAGGCAGGUAGAACACCCAAGGCCACACCCCUUCCCUCCUCCGUUUCCCGCCCCCGAGAUGGAGACCAUCGACCCGGCGACCGGGCGUCCCCUGCCGCCCGACGCCAUCCAGCGGGUGCUCUUUGUCGCGAGCCCGGUCCACGUCUACAACAUCCCGCCGAUGAUCCCCGGCAAGGGCCACGUCGCCGCGAGCUGGACCGCCGACGACAACCAGCGCCAGAUCUUCACCGCGCGGCUGCGCGUCAUCGAGACCGCCAUCCCGACGGCAGACGCGUCCGGCGCCGACGACGGCGGCCCCGAGGGCGAGGGCGAGGGCGAGGAGAAAGUCAAGGCGGACGUCGUGCUCGAGGACGCCCGCACCGGGCAGCUCUUCGCCGCCGCGCCCUACACCGCCGCGGCCGCCGUCGAGCCCGUCUCCGACAGCUCGCGCUUCUUCGCCCUGCGCGUCCAGGACGAGGCCGGCCGCAAGGCCACCCUCGGCGUCGGCUUCGAGGAGCGCGGCGAGGCCUUCGACUUCGGCGUCGCCCUCCAGGAGGCCCAGAAAACGCUGGGCUGGGGCUCCGCCGCCGCCGGGCCCGACAAGAAGUCCGCCGCCGCCGCCGCCUCCUCGUCGUCGUCAGACAGGACAGACGGCCCCGACAGGCUGCGCGACCUCAGCCUCAAGGAGGGCGAGACCAUCACCAUCAACCUCCCCGGUCGCUUCGGCCGGCGGAAGCCCGAGACGCCGCAGGCCCCGAGCUCCUCCUCCUCCUCCGCGGGCUCGUUCUCACUGCCCCCUCCUCCCGGCCCCGCCUUCUCGUCGCCGUCCCGCGGCGCCGGUGGCAUCCCCCCGCCCCCGAGCACGCAGAGCACCCGGUCGAAGCGGCUGUCGGCGCAGGACCUAGGCUUCGACGACGGGAAGUUUGGGGAGUUUGCGUGAGAGGCUCAUUCGUUCCCACCUUGUCUUGAGAAAAGAAAGAAAAAAGGACCAGCGCCUAGAAGCACUUAGAGAGAGGGGUAUCUGUUAUGCGUGUGCAUUAUGUUCAUUACCAGACCGUGAUCAAAAAAGAGGGUGAGAGGGAGGGAAUAGGGGUGGGUAAUAUCAUCGAGGCACAUCUCACUUGUCCGUGCACAGAAACGACACCGGCUUUUCUCUAUCUCUUUCCUUUCUCCUCCCUCCCCCUACCCCUCCGUACUUCUUUUCGCCUGCUGGCCUAAAGAGGCCUCAUGCACUUUGCAGGUGGUGUCUUACCUACCUACGUGUCCGCACCAGGCCUAGGC